AUGGUCCAUGCCUACCUCAUUGACUCCAGACUCAACAAGUUGUUCUGGGGAGAGGCAAUGAGGACCACUGUCUACAUCCUCAACCAUGUCCCAGGCAAGAUGCUCAACACCACCCCUUUCAAAGCCUGGUCAGGAGUACCAUGUUGCACUGACCACAUCUGCACCUUCAGAUGCUGUGCCCAUGUACUUGCCAUUCACAACCAAUCCAAGCUCAGUGACCAAGUGCAACCCAGUGUCUACCUUGGCCCUGCCAACAAGACCUCACACCUUCAUCAGAUCCUCCUCAACAACACUGAAUGCAUUGUUGGCAAGUGGAUUUCAAGAUUGUGA